GAGUAGUGGUGUUGCAAACAGAAGCUGAACUUGUACAUAGCAACGCAGGUGGAACAAUGGGAACAAUGGAAACUGGAGAGUCUGUUCGCAAGCGAGACGGUGGAGGAGAUGGGGGUGGUGAGGAGGAAUGCAGUCGUCUACGGCCAAGCACAGACAAAGAUGAAAGGGGGGUGCAUUGGGCACGAUUUCGGAGCAAAGGACAUGAGCGUCGGAUAGAUUGUGAUGUUCUUUGCAUUGGAGCUACAGGACAGGAAGCUGUAGCAGUCAAAACUAAAGUAGGGGGAAUUACAGUUAGGGAAACUGCUGUACUGAAAACUGCAGCAGUGGAAACUGGAGCAGUGGAAACUGGAGCAAUGGAAACUGCAGCAGUGGACACUGCACCAGUGGAAAACGCAACAGUGGGCACUGGACCAGUGGAAACUGGACCAGUGGAAACUGGACCAGUGGAAACCGCAGCAGUGAACACCGCAACAGUGGACACCGCAGCAGUGCGAACUGCAGCUGUGGAAACUGCGGUAGCAGCAGCUGAGCAAGCAGUGGCAGGAUGACAGCAUCCUGGGGGCGAAGAAGAAAUUGGAUGAUACAAGGACCAUCGCAGCAUGCGUCGGAACCACUGAGAGAGACGCGUCACAUGCGUAGGAUAGCGACUUUGGUGGGAGCGCAUGUAGCAGGUCCACCCCUUAUAGCAUAUAUAUACAAGAAGCAACUUACCUGAGACAGAGGACUCCACUAACAAGAAAGCACCGGCUACAUCUGCCGUAGGUCCGAAACAACUUGGAGAACCCUCCGCGUCGGCCCACAAAACCAUAAAACAUCAUAAAUACAAAAGGGUCCACUAACAAAAAGCACCAAACUCA